UUAUUUUGCACACGAAGAAGCGCGCUCCUCCUGACGUCACUGUGGUGUUUGUGGAGGCUGGAAGAUGGCGGCGUCCAAGGUGAAGCAGGACAUGCCUCCUCCGGGAGGCUAUGGUCCGAUUGACUAUAAAAGAAAUCUGCCGAAACGAGGACUCUCGGGGUAUAGCAUGUUCGGCAUCGGCAUUGGUCUCAUGGUCUUUGGUUACUGGAGGCUUUUCAGCUGGAACAGAGAAAGGAGGCGUUUGCAGAUUGAGGAGAUGGAAGCCAGAGUAGCCCUUCUGCCCCUUCUGCAGGCAGAACAUGACCGAAGGACAUUACGGAUGCUGAGGGAGAAUCUCGAGGAGGAGGCGAUUCUCAUGAAGGAUGUUCCCGGCUGGAAGGUUGGUGAGAACGUCUUCCACACAGAACGCUGGGUCACUCCACUCUCUGAGGAGCUGUUCAACCUCCGACCCCGCGAGGAGCUCCUGCACAAGCGUUUUGGUUUCCUGUGGUACGUGUAGUGCUGCCUCCUUCCACAGCCCGUACUGAGUGGACCUGAGCCCGCGCCCAAUCCAGCUUGUAAAUGUUCAAUAUUAAAGUCUUUUUCUGUACCUCA